AUGCAGGACUACAGAGCAAUUGUGUUGCUCACUCUAGUUCUUCAUGGCCUAUCAGUAUAUGCCAAUCCAUGGCUGGCUAGCAAUCUCGAUUUACCCUUGAGACUACGGAGAUCAGACCGGCCAUUGAUACAACGUCGCACCUCAAUCGACCUGGCAAGCCAUGACAACGAUACAGAGAUCAAAUCAAAUAUUGUCAGUAUACCCACCGAGAAGCUAUUUGCACGAGCUGAAGCCGCUGCUGUACCAACCUUUGACGAAGCGGCUUUCAACCAGAGCGUCAUGACUGCAUGUACCAGUGCUGUCGAUAGCUACGUAGAAGCAAAUAACCCCAGUGGCAUGGUUGCGUGUUACAAUAUCGCAAUCUUUGACAACGCUACUGGUGUUUUUCAGACCGAUGUGCGUUUAUAUCAGAAAUCCACCCCUACUGGGUCAUUUGAGGGAUUGACUCCGGCCGACAUAAAAAUGUCAUUUUCGAUUCCGCAAGCAACUGUUUCGAAGCCGAUGUUGAUGGUUUCAAAUGGAACUGUUACCGCCGAUACCACCGCAGCUGGUCAAUUUGUGAUGGGAUUUCAGAACAUUGGUCAAUUGAGUAAGAGUCUGAUAUUCUCGAAGCUUAGCGUCGGAGAUCUCCGUAUCCUCAUGAUCCCAACGAUAUCUCUCGGGGCUAAUCUUCAGUCUGGUGGCGUUGUCAACACAACACUUUCCUCCGACACACUCUCCUACGUGGCCGGUGUACUCGUCGAAGACAACGGCACACCAACAAACAUCACAGCUCCACAGGCACUCAGUCUCGCGAGCCCAAUUGUUGCUUCGGCAUCAGUGUUUGUUCUUCCAGGAACGACAAUCAAGAUUGCUCCCGUGGGCUUGAUCGUCACUUGUAUCUGGUCGGGUCUAUUGAUGUUAGCUGUUGGAGCUGGUACUGUUGGACGAUAUCAGUUUCGCGUUCAUUACAGGCAACGACUCCAACGUGCAACUGCAAUUAACAAGACUAUUCCCUGGAGCAACUAGUCCGAUUCUUUUUAUUUUUUUUGAAUUUUACUGUUUGCGAUUCAGCUUUGUCACAUUUUGAUACCUCAUUUGUACUAGAUCCAUUCAUAGGUUUGAUGCUUGUUUGGUAUACGGUCUGCCGUCUUGACUUCCUCGGUUCCUGGCGAACUUGAGAUAAUGAUCUAUGAUUUUGAUUCACUUCUAGAUAGCUUCUUUUAGUAUAUAGAACCAUGAA